AUGGACGUAGAAAUGGACGUGGACGUGGACGUGGACGUGGACGUGGACGUGGACGUGGACGUGGACGUGGACAGGGACGUGGACGUGGACAUGGACGUGGACUCGGACGUGGACAUGGACGUGGACGUGGACGUGGACGUGGACGUGGACGUGGACGUGGACGUAGAAAUGGACGUGGACGUGGACGUGGACGUGGACGUGGAUGUGGACGUGGACGCAUGCUUGAGUCCGGUCGCAUGCUUGUUCCGGACGCAUGCUUGA